AUGUCCGAAGCCAAAGUCAGGGAAAACGUACACGAGAAAUUGAAGGCAAUGCUGCCUAACGCUGGAAAAGUUGUCAAUGACGCGACGGAAUACGAGAUAGUAAGGAUAGCCCCGUACAAAGCGCAACAAUUUCUUGCAUCGACACUGUACAAGAACCGAGUGUGCCUAAUUGGAGAUGCGGCACACUUGACGAACCCAUACGCUGGACUCGGAUUGGCAUCUGGCAUCGCGGACGCGGCAUCUUUAGCGGAGGUCCUGCAUCAGAUCUUGACGGGCAAUGCAAAAGACGAGGAGAAGCUGUUGAACGCUUGGAGUGGGGCGAGGCGACAAAAAUACUUCGAUGUCGUUGACAAGCCGAGUCGCAUGGCGUAUAAGAGGGUGCAGAGCGACAUCAGUACAGAUGACAAGCUCAAAGAGCUAUUGAGUCGGGACCCAAUAGUUGCAGCCCUGAAGAGAGGUAUGCCUGUUAUGCCACCAAGCUUGGAGACGAAAGGAAGUGACCUGGAAGGAUGGUAG